AUGGAUGAAGUUCAGCGAGCAUGUCAACGUACGGGGCACUAUGUCGCAGGCAAAGCAGUUCGUAUUCGAGAAGCAGUGCUGUCAAGACGGCCAGAAGAAGCUCCAUCCCAGUUGCAAAGGCCAAUAAGCUGGGCUGCCGCUGCCAAGACAAAUCUGGAAAGUGAAAACACGACCCAUUUGGGACAUCGUAAUUUAUACGUGCUGAACCUCCCACUGGACGUGAAGGAGGAUGAGCUGGAGUCUUUGUUCAGCAGAUUCGGCCGUGUCGUGCACUGUGUGAUUCUUGCAAUGCUUGACACACAAGCACGCCGACGCGGUUUCAUCGACAUGGACUCUGCUGCUAGUGCACAUGCUGCGAUGCAGGCGCUUCAAGGUUUUGUAUGGCAUGGAUAUCCUAUGGAAGUUUCUUACGCACUCGUUCAGCGAGAGGGCACACCCGAUUCUUCUGAUGAGAACGAGCAGAAUGGCAUGCAGAGCACAUCUCCAGCGGUCAUUGAGCUCAAGGGACUUCUUCCUGCGGCAACAAUUGAUCAAGAUGAUGUGCGCCAGCUUGUUGAACCACAUGGAUGCGUCUUACAUGUGGAUUUCCCGGCUAGCUUGAAGGAUGUCGCGACCUAUUCUGUGCGUGUUACGAUGUCUUCCAGUCGUGACGCGCACAAUGCAAGUAAAGCUUUGAAUGGAGCGGAUAUCAAUGCACAACAUCUUGAGGCCUCGCAUCUACCAAGCACUCCAUUUUUGGCAUGUAGUAGAUUUGAUGAUGUUGUAAAAAGUGAGCAAGUAAGAAAGGGAAGGGCUUAA